AGAGCAAGCAAGAGAGGGAGAGAGCUGAGAAGAGAGAGUAAGCAAAAGAGUGCGUACUGUAUACUACAGAAUGCUCUGCCUUAUCUAUUCCCACUUCUGUAUGCAUGUGAACCGGAGCACGGAGUGAGCCUUGGGAGUAUUUUCUGCUUCUCCUUUCAGCCAGGUGUAUUUCGGGGUUGAACAUUUCAACAGGAACGUCAGCUGCAAUGUUGGCAUGAAAUGAAAUGAAAUGUCUGUCUUGGAGGUGGAACAGAGCUUGAAAACAUAGGAGAGCAAACUGGAUUUAAUGGACUGAAUUGGAUUCUAUGCAGCAAGGGGAAUGCUGUCAAACUGGAGUUACAAUUAAGACUUAAGGGGCUGGCAUUGAGGACGAGUACCCUGCUGCCUGUGGAUCGAAUACUCCCACCCGGACGCACUGCCCGGAUCCGCCUGCUCAGACUCAUAGCUCCUCAGUGGGGCAAAUCACUUUGUCUAGUUCACUGGGGAGAGAUGAGGAAGCUGACUUUAUGGGUUCCAUCUGACACACUAUAGCACCAUCACCACAGACACCACAGGAUUUGCCUCCCUGAGAAAAGCAGGAGAUCCAAUGUCCUUGUAAUGACGUGGCUCAGGUUUGACCUCGGAGAUGCCGAAGAGACGAGACAUUCUGGCCAUCGUGUUGAUCGUGUUGCCUUGGACGCUACUCAUCACUGUUUGGCAUCAGAGUGCCAUCAACCCCUUGCUAGCUGCUCAAAAGGAUGACAGACAUGAGAGUCGGCGAGACUCCCGGAACACCUUCACCCUCAAGAAGCACUGCUCCUCUGAGAACAACAAGGACAUUGUGGAGGUGGUGCGCACCGAAUACGUCUACAGCCGCCAGCCGCCCUGGUCUGAUGUCCUCCCCACCCUCCACGUCGUCACCCCAACCUACAGCCGGCCGGUCCAGAAGGCGGAGCUGACCCGUCUGGCCAACACCUUCCUCCACGUGCCUAACCUGCACUGGAUCCUGGUGGAGGACUCUCAGCGACGAACCCCGCUGGUCACCAGGCUUCUCCGGGAAACAAGCCUGAACUACACUCACCUCAACGUGGAGACACCCAGGACCUAUAAGCUGCGUGGGGACACAAGGGACCCCAGGAUACCCCGGGGAACCAUGCAGAGGAACCUGGCCCUGCGCUGGCUCCGGGAGACCUUCAGCUCCAACAAUAGACACAGCCAGCCAGGUAUCGUCUACUUUGCAGAUGAUGACAACACCUACAGUCUGGAGCUGUUUGAGGAGAUGCGUUCAACUAGGAAGGUGUCGGUGUGGCCUGUAGCCUUUGUGGGCGGCCUGCGCUACGAGUCCCCUAAGGUCAACACCGUGGGCAAGGUGUAUGGAUGGAAGACUGUGUUUGACCCCCACCGACCCUUUGCCAUAGACAUGGCUGGGUUUGCGGUGAACCUCCGCCUCAUUCUCUUUAAGCCUCAGGCCUACUUCAAGCUGUGGGGAGUCAAGGGAGGAUACCAGGAGAGCAGCUUACUGCGGGAGCUGGUCACCCUCAAUGACCUGGAGCCCAAGGCUGCUAAUUGCACUAAGGUACUUGUAUGGCACACUAGGACAGAGAAGCCUGUUCUGGUGAAUGAGGGAAAGAAAGCGUUUACCGACUCCAACGUGGAGAUAUGAAACGUCUUCCAACACAGGUAAUAAGAAAGCUUUAAAGUGACUGGGAUUAUGUAAGAUUGAAAAAUUACUGUACCUUUCCCAAAGUUUUACAACCCUAUGUCUGAGGGCCAACCUGUCUUUCUGAGCUUCUGUGAGCUUAUUAUUAUUAUUAUAUUAAAGCAUUUAAUAUUAUAUUAUUAUUCGUAGAGUAAACCUUUGCCGAAUCUAUCUGAAUUUGUAUAACAGGGAUGUUAUGAUUUCAUUAAAUAAAAACUUGACAGAUGAUCCAUACUAAAAAGCUAUUUUUAUGGUUUAAUGUCUAUGGUUUCCGGAACCCCUCUUCAAAACCAUUUGUCUAAACAAUUCUCUCCAUGUUUGGUAGUAAUGAGAAUGUAACGAUGAAUUCAUUUUUUCUUAAUUAUGUAUUUUCUUUGCCCAUCUCCUAAGCCCAAAUACCAAUGAGUUAUUACAGGUAAUAAAUAUAUGGCUGGGAUUCCAAAUGGACUGACAAAAGACAAGCUCCAGGCAGGCAGGCAGGAUCGGAGUGAAAUAUGUAUUUACAGUAAUAGCACUGUAAAGGGAGUCAGACAGCCACCUUGUCUACUACAAGCAGCACACAGCCACGUAUCAAUACAGGCGUAGAAUAUCAAAGCAUAGAUUCAUAGAGGAUGGUGAUACUGUAUCUAGCUAAGCGCUUUACUGAUGCAUCGAUGGAAGCUGAACACGUGGAGCUAGCCAGUCGCCAGAGUGCAGCUUAAGACAAAAGACUGUUGGCGGUUCAGACUACUGUCAGCGGUUCAUACAGUGGCCAAUAAGAAGCAUCCUCAACCCAGCCGACACAAAGCAACCAUCCAAUCAACAUCCUCAAAACCAGGUACUGGACCAAACAUGACCAAUCAGGGGCCCCGAAUGGCCCUUGUUUACUGGUGAUUGGGCUCCCUUUGUCAUGGAGCGGACUGUUCUUGGGGUGGAUAAAGGGGUCCUUGUCUGACUCGAGUCAGCAUUGACUGACAGACUGAUCUGGAGAGGACAUGAACCCUUCUCACGUCCCACUGUAAAACACUGAGCUAUUCAGACAGCUCCGCUCCCUCAAAUCACUAAUUAGGACACGUCUCACACACACAAACACGUCUCACACACAUACACAGAUAUGUGUGCACAGUGUACACACAUACAAAUGCCUGUGCACACACACACACACACACACACAUACACACAAACACACACACACACAGACAUGCACACACAUACAUGAGCUGGUGCGCAUGCGUGCACGCACAUGCACACAGACACAACCAUCCAUCCACAGAGUAGUCAUCAGAAUAGUCAUCAGAGUAGUCAUCAGAAUAGUCAUCA